AUGGUGAAGAAGUUGAAGAUGGUAGGAAGCGACAGAAGAGACGACAACGUUGCGGUUGCGAUCGAUAGUGACAAGGGAAGUCAGGCUGCAUUGAAAUGGGCUGUUGAUAGUCUUCUAACCUCAGGAGAGACUCUUACUCUUAUUCAUGUCAGACUCAAACAAACCCUUCUUUCAAAUGCAGACAACCCAAAUAAGUCUAGAGAUGACGUUAAGGAAUUGUUUCUUCCAUUCCGCUGCUUCUGCACCAGAAAAGAUAUAAAAUGUGAAGAUGUGGUAUUGGAGAAUGUUGAUGCUGCUAAAGGAAUCAUAGACUAUGUGCAAGAGAAUGCAAUUGAUAUUCUAGUACUCGGUGCUUCCAAGAUGACUCUUUUAAAGAGGUUCAAAGCUACAGAUGUUACGAGCUCAGUGAUGAAAGGAGCAGCAAGUUUCUGUACAGUUUACGCAAUCUCCAGAGGUAAAAUCUCGUCGGUUAGAUCAGCCACGUCUUCACCUCCACCAUUAUGCAUGUUACCUCGGCAGUUACCAGCUCGGCCUAGCAACGCCAGCAGCGACAGCAACAGCAACUCCAUUCCAAGACCAAAAACCCUUCAACGUAUAGCUGAAAGGAAACAUGACGAGAUCGAGAUCAAGUACAAGUCACCUUCAUUCAUGAGAAGAGGAUAUGACAAAGCCUCGGUCACAGACUCAGACAUAUCGUUCGUGAGUAGUGAUAGGCCAAGUAUGGACUGGAUGUUCCCAACGCCACGUCAUUCAGUUAGCUCUGAGUUUGAAGAGAACCGAUGCAGCUUCGCUACAUCCUCAUGCUCAUCAGAAAAGCAGUCUGUAGACUUUGGUUCUUCAUAUUCUGCCUUCUCCACAAGCUCUCAGGAAAGUGGUAGACUCUCUUCAUGGUCACAACACAGCCAGGAUGAAGUAGAAGCUGAGAUGAGAAGGUUGAAAACGGAGCUCAAGUAUACAAUGGAAAUGUAUAGCAUGGCCUGCAAAGAAGCAAUCGCAGCUAAAAGAACGACUAGUAAGUUACACAAAAUGAAACUAGAGAGGGAACAUAAGCUAGAAGAAGCAAGACUCGCAAAGGAAGCAGCAAUGGAAAUGGCAGAAAACGAGAAGGCAAAAAGCAGAGUAGCCAUGGAAGCAGUAGCAACCGCUCAAAGAAGAGCAGAAAUGGAAACUCAGAAGAGAAAACAAAUAGAAUCAGCAGCUCAGAGAGAGACAGAGGAAACGAACAGAGGAAUGUGUUCUUCAGACAAAAGAUAUAGGCAAUACACAAUCGAGGAGAUUGAAGAAGCAACACAAAACUUCUCACCUAGUCACAAGAUUGGAGAAGGAGGUUACGGACCUGUCUUUAAAGCUACUCUAGACUACACACAAGUGGCGAUAAAGAUCGUGAGACCAGACGCCACACAAGGAAGAUCACAGUUCCAGCAAGAAGUUGAAGUUCUAACAUGCAUAAGACAUCCGAACAUGGUUCUGUUGCUAGGAGCUUGCGCUGAGUACGGAUGUUUAGUCUAUGAAUACAUGGCAAACGGUAGCUUAGAAGACCGUCUUCUCAGACGAGGAAACUCUCAAGUCCUCUCAUGGCAGGUAAGAUUCCGCAUUGCAGCUGAGAUCGCCACUGGUCUCAACUUCCUCCACCAGAUGACACCAGAGCCAUUAGUGCACCGUGACCUUAAACCAGCUAACAUAUUACUUGACCAGCACAUGGUCAGCAAGAUUGGUGACGUCGGUUUAGCUAGGCUCGUCCCUCCUUCGGUUGCUGGCACAGAGACGAAGUACAGAAUGACUUCAGCUGCUGGGACGUUGUGUUACAUUGAUCCUGAGUACCAGAAGAGUGGUAUGCUUGGAACAAACUCGGACAUAUACUCGUUCGGGAUCAUCCUCUUGCAGAUACUCACGGGGAAGCCGCCGUUGAGUUUGACUCACCAGGUCAAGAAAGCGAUUGAGGAAGGAACGUUUUCUGAGAUGUUGGACCCUCUUGUUCUUGACUGGCCACUUGAAGAGGCUUUAGUGUUGGCAAAACUCGGUUUGCGAUGCGCAGAGUUGAAGCGGAAAGAUAGACCAGAUUUGGGGAAGGAUGUGUUGCCUGUGCUUAUAAGACUCAUGGAUUUAGCAGAAGAAAGCUUGCCUGUCGCUUGGUGUUCGCCUAACAGCAGCCGGAGUAGCAUCCAAAGCGACAGUCUAGUAUCCACGGCUUCAGAACAGGAGAUAAUAUGCGAUCGAUCUCACAACAAAUAUGGAUAUGAUGAGAGUUGCAAUAACAGCACAGCGUCUUGA